AUAAUGAUAAUGUCAUUCAAUUCAAUAAAUUGAAUAGGCAUCAUAGGCUGUUUGGUUGUGGACAUGUGAAACGACAAUUUAUUCUAGUGACCUGACACAGUUUUAUUGGAUCCAUAGAAAUGAAGAAUAGACUGCGGUAAUGACCACUGAAAACCCAUAGGGCGAUACAAGUUGGAGCAGUUUCUGAUGUACUUUUAUUCUUGUCUCAUACUUGAAGUUGAUCUGAGAUUUUUGCGAUAGAGUCUAGAGAUGCUGCAAGGCGAAUUCUGGUCACUGCUGUGCAGAGGUCGUAAGAAAAAAAUUAUAACUUUAAUAAUAAUAUUGAUAUUUUUAAUAAACGCGAUGUUAUACGUCAGUAUGGAAUUAUACAAUACCAUAAGAAGAAACAGUGAAGAUUGGAGUAAAAAUUUGCAAAAUGAUCAGUCAAACACAGAGAAAGGUGGCAUGAGAGUUAUAGUUGGACACUAUAUUGGAGGCUUUGGUAAAGGCAACUUAUCUGAUGAUGUAAUAAACAGCAACAACUAUGCGCCAGUCAAAGGUGCCGGAGAAGGCGGCAGGCCAGUGCAGCUGGCUCAGAGGGAGCUCAUCACAGCAAGGGAAUUAUAUCAACUACACUCUUAUAAUAUUCUAGUCAGCGACAAAAUAUCCAUCAACAGAAGUUUGCCUGACAUGAGAAGUGACAGUUGUAAGAGCGUGGAAUUCAACCUAGAUAACCUGCCGACGGCGACCGUCAUCAUAGUGUUCCAUAAUGAGGCGUGGUCAACUUUGAUGCGUACCGUCAUGUCGGUUAUCAUGAGGUCCCCUAAACAACUGUUGAAACAGAUUAUUUUAGUAGACGACGCCAGUGAGAGAAGGUACCUCGGCAAAGAGCUGGACGGUGCCAUAUCCAACUUGGAUAAAGUGGAGAUUAUUCGCAUGAAAGAACGCAAAGGGCUGGUGGGAGCUCGGCUGUUGGGAGCCAGGAAGGCCGAAGGAGACGUGUUGGUGUUUUUAGAUGCUCAUUGUGAGGUAACACAAGGUUGGCUCGAGCCUCUCCUCGAUCGGGCGGGAAGCGAUGACGUCUUCAUAUGCCCGCACAUAGACCUACUAUCCGAGGACACCUUAGCCUACACCAAGAGCAUCGACGCGCACUGGGGCGCUUUUAGCUGGAACCUAUUCUUUCGCUGGCUCAACCCUAGUGCCGAAGUCAUGGCUCAGAAAGCAGAAAACCCUUCCAAACCCUACCCCACACCGGCCAUGGCUGGAGGACUUUUCGCAGUCAGGAAAAGCCUCUUCUGGCGCUUAGGAGGAUACGAUGAAGGUAUGCUUAUUUGGGGAGCCGAAAACUUAGAGCUGUCAUGGCGAGCCUGGCAGUGCGGCGCUCGAGUAGAAAUCACACCAUGCUCUAGAGUAGGACACAUUUUUAGACGACACAGUCCUUAUAAAUAUCCAGGAGGCGUUAGCAAAGUUUUAAAUGUUAAUUUAGCACGCGCAGCCACUGUGUGGAUGGACGAGUGGGCCGAUUUCUUUUUUAAGUUCAAUCCUAACAUAGCAGCGAUACGCGAUCAACAAACCGUGUAUUCAAGGGUAGAGUUGCGGAAGAAUUUGAAGUGUAAAAGUUUUAAAUGGUAUUUGGAUAAUGUGUGGCCUCAGAAUUUCUUUCCGAGUGAUGAGAGAUGGUUUGGCAAGAUUAGGAGCGAUCUUGGUCCUUGUUUAGCGGUGCCGGAGCAAACGACGGGGCUCGCUGUACCAGCGAAGGGGGUGCCCUGUGGGAUUGACGAUAGAAGUUGGGACACGAUGGUCGUUUACACUCCUGAGGGUAAGAUUAUGGGUGAUGAGAAUUUGUGUUUAGAGCGAACCGAAGGUCGCGCCAUGUGGAAGGCUUGUAAAGAGACGCCGAAGCAGAUUUGGGAGCAGAAGGGGCCUAGGUUAAAAACAAAAGACGGUCUGUGCUUAUCGUUAGCGUUGAUCGAUAAACAAGCGGAUGGUUUUAGUGAUAUCAUCUCGACAAAGAAAUGUCGCGACAAAAUGCGUGACGCGGCUACCACGCAACAGAUCUGGCAUUUUGACCGAGUGCCUUGGCGGUAAAUGUGAUAUUAAAAGUACUUAAAUAAAAUUAAAAGUACAAUGUAAUUAAGAAUCUCAUUAUAAAUUUGUUUCUUUGUUUUCUCUCUUUGUACUUUUAUAUAUGGUUUUUAUGUUAAAUGUUUAUAACGGAACAAUGCACUAUAUUACUACAUAGUUGUAUGUUUUAGACUAUUGGUAGUAGCAUCUAUUUUUGACAUUCCAUUGUAUAAAAACUAGUAUUAAAUGUAUAAUGCAUACUAUUAUUUAGAUACUCUUUUGUCGAUGUGUAAUGUAAGCUUUAUCACAUAGUACCUGUAUGUAUAUGUGUAAUUUAUUAAUUGUGUAUUGGUCACCAUCUCAUACUAUUGGUGUAACCUAAACUCUACAGCUUUUGAAAUAUUUUUGUUCUUUUAUAUUUUUUUCGUAAACUUUGUAACAUUUUAUCUUUGCCCGCUAAAGGCGUCAACUGACGCGCGGUUACAGCCCAAUAUCAACCCUCGUGCAUUCCAACAAGGUUCACGGUGCCGUGCCGCGGACGAUAGGCGUGGCUUUCAAAGGGUCAAGCUGCAUAAAUACAUUUUCAUCACACUUGCUCGAAAAAGAUCUUAUUUCAUGCAGAUGUGAAGGACAAAGGAGCCCGCGUGAGUUAUGGAUUCUGUAAAAAAAAGCUAUAACGCACUCGUGAGUUAUAGCUUUUUUUUUAAAUUAUGUCACUAAUUCAUACGAAACAAGUAGUUUCUCUUUGAAAAUACUGACGUUUAUAUUUUUUUUUGUUUAUGCUUUAAAAUAUUAAUUUCAUUAAUUUAAUAGCAGUUUCAAAUAUUUUUACACAAUUUGCACGACUCCACUGCCAAUUUAUUUUAAAUAAAUAUUAUAAAAAAAAAACUAAUUGUAAUAUUAAUAGUACACAAUGAACGAAUAUUUGCAUUUAUUUCGGAAAUACUCAAUGCCAUAGGCCAGUUGUAUUACUCAUAAUUAUAUAUGUAUAAUGUACAAAUUUUUAGAAGUAAUUUUAAUUAUGUAAUUUGCAGCUAAGUAUCUAGUCUUUUUAGAUAGUUUGCAAUAUAUGUAAUAUAAUAUGCUUAAUUAAUGUAAUACCUAUUAGAAGUCUUAAGUCUACUUCUCAGAUGACGGCAGCAAAUAACUCUCGAAUUUAAUAACAUAUCACUAAUUAUAUGAAAUAAUGUCAUUUUAUACACUUAAUAUAACCAUCCAAUUCGAUGGACCUACUUAUACAUUUAAUUACAUUAUAAUUAGUAUGAUUAAAUCGAUCUUCCAUUUAAGUUUUAAACUGUGUUAAUUUAACAGU